AUGAUAGAUAAAUCUUUUAUAUCCGUUGCUGAUCAUCAGUACGAUGAGCCACUCAGUUAUGAAUCGUCAAGGUCAUCCGAAUUUUACUCGGACGAACCUGACGAUGAGCACAGAAUAAAGCCGCUCCCGAAUUCGAUACAUGUGGAGAGGGAACGCCGAAAAAACGAACAAAUAGAGGACUAUAUGUCAGAUUCAAAGAAUUCAGAUGAUCAAUUCCUUGAAUGUGAAAGCGAUUUUGAGUCGCCAAACAGAUAUAAUAACCCCUUUGUAGAUUAUGAUACAUUAGUAGAUAUAUACAGAGAAAAAAAGAAUCUUGAAAGAAAUAGAAAUAGUAUAAACGGAAAGAAUGAUCCUAAGGGAAGUAAGUCAGAUUAUACGAAGGCGGAAGAAGAAAUAAGUUCGGAAUCACAAAGAUCUGGAACGACAAAAUCGUUUUUCCUGGGAAGUAAAUUCAGGAUAGGCAAUGUGCACAGAAAAUCUGAGUCGAACAGUAAAGAGGAUCAGAAAGUUAAAAGUCCAUCGAAGUCGAAGAGAGGUGAGAAGGAGGUCCCAGGAGUAGGAGAAGAAAAGGUGGACAGAAACAGUAGCUUUACCGAUCAAAUGUUGGACGUGGUGGCGUCAGAAAUGGGAUCUGACGUUAACUCGGAUAUAGAAUCGAGAAUUGUAGAUUACCACGAAUCGAAAAAAAACGUACCAAAGUACGAGUGCGAAGAAGGUGAAGAAGAAGGAAUGGGAUCACAGGCAGGUGAAAGUGAAGUGUACAGGCCUGAAGAUGAAGUGGAUCAGCUGUUUGAUAGAGUUAUCAACGGAGGAAAUGACCCUGAUUUUACGUUCAUGCCAGAGGCACUAGACCCCUACGUCAAAAUGUCAAAAAAACUUAUUAGUAGAAAGCGUAAAGGAAACCAAGAUGGAAACGGAAAAAAAGAUAUAGCAGAUACAGUUAUUAACACAGCAAUGACGAUACUGGGAACGAAGGAAAAUGAAAAUACGACAUUGAUCGGGGAGGAGGCAGAAGGAGCUUGCGUAGCAGAAGGAAAAUCCGUAUCAGAAGGAACGCAGGUGGAUCCGUCGUUGGUGGAGCCAACACUGGUGGAAACUAUACCACCAAGUGACACGGCUAUUGAAAAAAGGAUUAAAUUGGAAGAAGGUAGGGAAAUUAUGGAUAGCGCACACACUACGCCGAAGAUCGAUAAAUGUGGGAAGACGAAGGAAUUUGAGGAGCAGUUCGCGAAGACAGACUCAGACGUCGAGAAGGAGCGAGAGAGAGCAAGAAUGCUCUUCGAGGCGACGAAGUACGACGAGACGCUAUAUCGCAGAAACACGGAGGAGCUAUCAACAGGGCUCAAGGUGCUGAAGCUGCGAGAAGAUAAGAAGUCGAAGAAGUCGAAGCACCGCAAGAGCGAUACGAGAGCGGAAACGGAGACUGAAGACGAAAGACCGAAGAAGGACAAGAAGGGGGAGGAAAAGGGAAGUAAGUCCACCACUUUGAAAAGCGAUAAGACAGAGGAGAAGUCGGAGAAGGGAGAAAAGGGAGACAAGUCCGACAAGAGCUCGAAGGAGAGGAAGUCGGACAAGAGUAAAAAGUCGUCCUGGAAGUCAAACGACUACGACAUUAUAUUCAGCUCCCUGGGCGACAGUUUCUCCUCAGGUCUUAUCGAGGUCGACAGCAAGCCGAUACUGUUGUCCAGAAAGGGCUUCUACACGAUUUUCAUGAGGAACUCGAAGUACCCCUACGACUCCACAAUCGACUUCUACCUCUUCAGAGUGGGAGUGAAGUACAUGCUGGUGAACGAGGCCUCGAGCCAGAGCUUUAACAUCGACGACGUCGUCGACUACGGAAACUUCAGAAUUAAGCUCUCAGGCAACAUUAACCUGAGUCCGAACGUGACGAAGAUGGCGCUAAUUUACUCGAAUUCGGAGAGGCAGACGCUGGAGUUCUCGCUGACUCCGUCGGCAUUCGCACUAAUCGAUUUUUCAGACUCUAAGCCGAAGAUAAUGUAUAAGAUGUUUUACAGUGGACCUCUCCAGUCGAUACCAAUGCCUCUCAAGUUUAGAAGAAGUUUGUUUUUAGCCACCACCUUGUUACGUAACGUCCUCUUCGAUUGUAUCUUGCUGAGAGUAUUGUCACUUGACAACAGUGAAAACCUGGGCACAUCGGUGAUAGGAGCACUCUACCUGUUGGAGAAGAAGCUGAGCGAGAUGAAGAAGAAAAAAGUUAACCUGACAGACUACUUCGACUACAUCUGCGGAACGGGAGCAGGAGCGCUUAUAGCUCUCUGUAUGCUCAAGGGAUACUCGAUGAAGGACCUGAGGUCGCAGUGGAACAUCGUGGUCUCGAGUCUGUUCAAGUGGACGUACUCGCUCCCCUCGGGAAUCAUAUUCGACUACUACUACAUAGAGGAGUUCAAGAAAAACUUCAUCAACAUACUGGGAACGGACUUUUUGUGCUCAAAGCCGUGGCCGCACUGCAUGGUGACCUGCACGAAUGUAAGGUCAAACCCGUACGACCUCUUCCUCUUCAGAAACUACGGAGACUCCAAAUUCGGAUCAAUUUACGGCAGUUCCUACGCUCCAAUGUGGUUGGUAGGCUGGGCAUCAUGCGCUCUGCCGACAUACGUGAGGGGACCGAGCAAUUCAAACCUGAACUCCAUCGGCUACAACAUGAUCACUAAGACGCAGCUCGUCGACGGAUCACUGGUAUCCUCGAGUCCAAGCUUGAUAUCUCUCCAGGAGUUGACGAGCAUAUACAACAUUAACCUGAGAUCCCUAGUCAAGGACAACAUGGACCUGUUCCUGAGCAUUGGUACGAGCAAGUCGGAGAACGAAAACGCGUCAAUCAACUCGUCGACAUGGCAAAUACUCAUGAACUGCAAAAACCUCAUGUACAACACACAGCUGCAGCACCUGCACGUGAAGAACCUGUUCGACGAGUACGAAAACAAGUACCACAGAAUACAGCUGCCAAUAUACCCGGGCUGUAAGCACGGAAAGACGUCCAAGGAGGCAGUGGACGCAGUGCUGACGUCGACAAUACAGUUUAUAUCACGCCACGACAACCAGCGCAUAGAACAAAUCGUAAACAUACUGAAUCAGUAG